GUGCUUCAACAUGCUAAUCAUUCGGCAGUACGUAGUAACAACCCCUAGACCCCUAGCCCCAGUCCCAGCCAUAACAGGACCGCUUAGUUGAAGUCCUACAGUUAUGGUAACUACCUAACUAGAGAAAACCCCUCCCCCGUAUCGUAUCGAAAUAACUAAACAGAUGAAACAGAACUUGAAUUCCUUUUAGCGGUGGUGUCGCAGAUGGACAUAAAAGGCGACGGUUUGCGCCCAGACCCGCACCCGAGAGAAAACCGUUGGUUAUCACAACAGUUGGCAGAGAAGCAGGCUUUCAACGAAAAUAACCCCGAUUAUUUUUGGUACCUCCAACAAUUCAAGGAUUACGCUGUUAGGAGAAUUGUCAGACUGUUGCUACGUAACAACAUACAGGCCCUCGAAUCAAAUAGAACAAAACUCAGUGAAAACAUAGAGGAGAGCGACUUCGAGGACGACAUCAAGGUAGAUUGGCCAAGUGCUUUGCGGAAAUUUACCGUUAGAGAAAGAUACGACCCUCGGCGAACGCACUACCAGAACGGAUUAAUUGGUUUUAGGUUUGUGGACGAAUUCCACACGUUUUGCGAAGAGAACGGGUAUGAUAUACUCAGAAUGAAGAGGGACGACAUUAGAGCGGCAUGCCAUAGGGUUGACGAGUGCCUCUACGAUUGGCCACUCGAUGUCCAUCGCACGCAAAUAAACACAUAUUUUGAAUAUAAGCUAAGUCAGAGCUGCGAGGAUAGAAAAGCGCUAGACGUAUUAAGUCUUCGUUCGGCAGAAGACCCGAUACGCGUUGAAGUGCGUGGCAUACAAAAAAACUAUAAGGCGUGGUCGGUCAUCGAGGAUGUCUCGCUAGAUGGGGACGGUAUGGAUCCCUCCCGCUACAAUAUACCUACGCUACAAGAGAGCAAAAAUCCAAUGAAAGAUUAUUGGUGGUUUGGGGCGGAGGUAGUGAGUCCGCCGUUGGCCUUUGAUUCGCAGCGUUCCAUCGAGGCCAUAAAAAAGGUUUGCAAUGUACUACGUUCAAACCUACGCUGCCACAAGCCUAUGGAGGCCUCGAGCGGAUUCCACGUGCAUCUAGGCCACAAGCAUGGGUGGAACCUAUUGCAAGUAAAGAGAUUUAUCACACUCUGGGUUCUGACGGAGUCGUCUAUUGUACAUCUUCACAGGAAGGACCGAGGUGUCAGGCCGAGAUGGGCCGCCCCAUUGAUGGAGAGCACAUGCCUCGCACGAGCUCUCUCCAGCGCGGAUAUGUUAGGACGUUUUGAGUUGUCGGGCUGUAAGCCACGGUCUAGUCCAAGUGAGAAGGCUCGUAACUUGCAAAACCUGGCUCGGCACGUGAAUCUCGAGUUACUGGACGCGCAGAGGUCGGAAUUCCUGCAGAACGUGUGGCAAUAUGCGACGAUCUCCGAAUUAACAGACGCUAUGGCUGGCGCUUUACAGGAUGGGCUGCGUUUCUUUCAACCGGCUCUCGAGAUACACCUACGCGGCGAUAAGACAUCUAAUCUCUCGGGUAAGCGUACAACUGGAACGAUAGAAAUUCGAACAAUGCAUGGAACACUUGACGCCGAUCACAUCAUCCAAUGGGUCGCAGUUCUGAGAAGAUAUCUGCAUUAUGCGCGCGAUGCCUCGGCAGAUGAAUUUAAGAUGAUCACAAAAGCAUUUUCAGAAAUCUUGACUAGCAGCCCUCACAAAGUAUACGACAUAUUGAGGGUGCUCGAACCCCCUCCGGAAACGGUAUACUACUUCAUGAGCGCGGUGAACAGACGGGGGGACGCCAAGCUCGACCAGGACUGGUGGGUGUAUCCUGAUGAGGAUAGGGUUGACUGGAGUAACCCUUUUAUGGUCCCCGGACAUAAAGCAACACAUGGGCCAGAGUACGAUCACAAUGUUUAGUAUAUACUACAGUGAUAUACCAGUCUUAUCCGCACACUCCACUAUAACCUCCCCAAAAUACGCCAGCUUUACAAAACAAUAACAAUA